AUGGAUGUGCAGGAGAAGGAGGUGAUGGAAGAGGAUGAGGAUGACUUGCAGCACAAUCAAGCACCUGACGCAAUGGUUGAUGUUGAAACAGCAGUGGAGCUCGUGCCAACAAACCUGCGGAUCAGAAAAUAUUGCAUUGAACGGCCGAUUGUUACGGACAGGCAGGCUAUUGCCUCCGCCUGGCAACAGUGGCAAUGUGGUUUGGAUCCCGAGGCGCUUUGUAGCAGUGCUCCAGACAGUAAACCUCUUAUCUACUCGGACCCCCACACAUUCCAAGAGGUGAAUAUGCUUCAACGUCUUCUGGGCAGUGGCUACUCCCAUGCGGAUAUCUCGUACUUUGAGGGCUGUCUGGUUGCAGCGGGCUGGGCUGAGGAGCUCGGUGUAAACUCCGUUUCCUGUAUAGAGUCACUUCCGCGGGGAUGUGGUGGACGGUGGAGGAGUUGCUGCAAAAAUCGGGUCACGGUGUGGCAUGCUUUGCAGUGCAGCGAGGUCUGGGAUGGUGCUUUCCACGAUGAAGAGCUCAUGCAUGAUUUUCUUGAGUCGGUCGUUUCUCGUCUAAGACGUGAUGGGCCGAGGAUCUGGGAAGACGUUCGGCAAAGUUAA